AAUAACUCAGUUUCACUGCGGUGGUGUAUAUAAAUCCGUCUUCUGAAACAAUAUUGCAUUUUUUUUCUCGCGGCAUUACCGUGUGCAUUUAUAACUGUCUGAAAAUAAGUUUACUGUUAUCUUCAUUUACGUAAUGGAUUCUAGUGAGAGAGACGCGCUUUUGCAACAUCGUGUCGCAGCUGGGGUCUCUUCAAGCAGUGUCCGAGAGACCCCAGAUGAAUUCCGCAUCGUACAUGCUGUGCUAUUUCCGGUAACUAUUCUCCUGCAUGUAUCUGGUGGUAUCAGCUACUAUGCGACCCAACAGUGGAUACAAAAGUACCUAAUAGAGACGAUGGAUUUGAACGAUGGCCACGAGGAGCACGAUCACCACCACAUGCGCUGCCUCCAGGAUGGUAACUCCACGGAAGGCAAUUUCACACGGAUAGAACAGGAAACGGCUCGCUGGGCAAUGUUUGCUGCCCUGGCGACCCUCGUGCCGUCCUUCUUCGUUUCGGCGCUGGUUUCAUCAUACUCUGAUAAAUACGGACGAAAAUGUUUGUUCAUAAUCAGCGCGCUCAGCCAGACGGUGCAAAUGGCGAUAACUUCGCUGACCAUUUACUUUCAAUGGAGCCUUGUUAUGAUAGUCGUUGGUUCAGCGAUCGACGGCCUGUCGGGCGCGUCUAACACGAACUAUCUGGCGGCAAUGUUAUAUCUGGCGGAUGUUACACCGACUGAAAAGAAUCGCGCAAUAGCACUUAGUAUAUACGAUGGCCUUCUGAUGUUCUGUUCAACGCUUUCAGCAUUUAGCUCAGGGUUCAUAAUCACGAAAGCUGGCUUUUUCCCAUCAAUGGUCGCUUGCACCGCGGCAGCGGGAUUUUGCCUUCUGCUGAUAUGUUUUUGUUUGCCAGAAACACACAAACGACACAACAGAGCGACCACGCGGACAGUCUGUAAGAUGAUCAGACGUAUUGGGGACGUUUACUGCUCACCUAUGUUUAAUGGGCGCCGUGUAGCUUUUGUAAUCGUUCUCGUUACUUACUUUUUCCAAUCUUUUGCGAAUGAUGAUCGCGGCUCGACUGAGCUACUGUAUCAACUAGGUCGGCCGUUCUGCUGGACCGCGCACAAAAUAGGGUUAUUUUCCGCUGCUCGGCACGCUACACAGGGACUAGCUAGCAUGGUUCUCAUCAUUCCCUUGAAGCGCUACCUGUCGGUCGUCAACAUCGCACUGAUUAGUGCCGUCUUCAAUACAGGAUCGUAUGUUUUAGAAGCGCUGGCGACCACAACUAUACAGUUGUUCAUUGUGCCUAUUGUGGCCACACUUGGGGCGCUUGCCUCAACGAUGCUUAAAGCACUCCUGUCCGCCAUGACGCCUCCCGACAUGCAAGGUGCCGUAUUCGCGAAUAUUAUCUUAGUGUCUUCGUCGACGGCGAUCCUGACGACUUACAGCUUGAACCACAUCUACUAUGCCACUGUGAACGUCUUCACGGGUACAGUGUUCAUAGUGCUGGGUGGGAUGUCCUUCAUGGUCGUUCUGCUCCUCGUAUUGUUCAAGAUGACCCAGAGAGGCGAGGCCGUGUACGGACCCACUGAGAACAACUCCGCUAGACCCGACAACACGGUUGAUGACGUUCUCACAAGAUCCAUCAGCUCCGUGAAUGGAAACAGAUGAACCCCAGUUCCAUGCAGAGCAACAUGUGAACCCCUGUUUAUUGCCUCGGGAUAUGUGAACCUCAGCUAUCUGCAGAGCAACAUAUAAACCCAUGUUUCUUUUCUCGGGACGUGUGAACCGCAGCUAUCUGCAGAGCAACAUAUAAACCCAUGUUUCUUGUCUGGGGACAUAUUAACCCCCAAUUCAUUGCAGUGAAAUAGGUGAUCCCAGGCCCCCCCCCCCCUGCAAGGUAACAGGUGAAUCCAUGCUUCCUGCUUUGAAAAAAGAGAAACCCUUCUCGCCAUUAUAGGCAUAUACUUGCUCAGUAUCUCGAAAUGUCAAUAACAGAAAAGAGGAGUAUUGUCGACAACUGAGUGUAAACCGUGUGUGCUUCAUGUGUUUAAACAUAAACAUGUCAACAUUUUAUGGCUGUUUACAUAUUGCGCAAUGAGCUAUUGAACGCGACGCUUUCUUAAAAUUAACGUGAUUGUACAAAACAUCGUCAUUAAAAAUCAAUGAAGCUUUGCACAUAAAACAACUCAUGUUCAAAAUAGUUUUGUUAAAAUGCAUUGUAGCAUAUGGCUGAACAACUUGAUUAAGUGUGCAGCUGAUAAUUGCUGUGAUAAGGAUGUAUUUAACAUCAAUCACAUAAUUUAUAGGCCUCAUGAAUGUGUUUAAACACUUAAAGGGACCGUCAACCGCGAUUGACGAAAAAAGAAAAGUUCUAAAAUACCGGUUGUUUUUUUACAAUUACUAGUUUAUAUUGAUUGAAUAUCGCGACUGGUAUAUUAAAUUACUUGAACAAGAGAUGUGUUUGUCAGAAACACAAUGCCCCCUAUUGCGCCGCUUUGAAGCCAUAUAUUUGACCUUUGACCUUGAAGGAUGACCUUGACCUUUCACCACUCAAAAUGUGCAGCUCAAUGAGAUAUACAUGCAUGCCAAAUAUCAAGUUGCUAUCUUCAAUUAAUGCAAAAGUUAUUGCAAAACUUAACCAAGGUUAAAGUUUUUGGACACACACAAUGAAUGAAUGACAGACAGACAGACCAAAAAUAAUAUGCCCCCGAUCUUUCGAUCAGGGGGGCAUAAAAAAGUUCAUAUUUUCAGUAUAUUCGGUAAUAAAAUUUCGCGAUGUGAAAUCGAAAGUACAUCGCGAAAAUAGGUGACAGAACGAUAUACACACUAUAAAUAACGCAAGUAGAUUGAUCAUUUUAUAUAUAUAAUAUAUACAAAUCACUACGCAUGCACAAUUUGCAUUCCUGGGUUUACCACGUGACAAUGAUGAUCAAUCUACUUGCGUUAUUUAUAGUAAACUGGUAGUUACCUGGUACCUGUACCCAGUAAAAUUUAUUACCGAAUAUAAUGAACAUAUGAAAACUUAACAACUUUUUUCAAGUAAUGUAAUAUACCAGUUGUGAUAUUUUAAUCAAUAUAAACUAAU